AUGAACGCCGCGCGGUGGCGCUGUGCCCCCGCAGAGCCCAGGGUCUCUCUCGGGCGCGCUGCCCCCCACCCCCGCCCCGGGGACCCUAAGAGCGACUGCGACGUGCAGGCGGCCGCGGCUCUCUCACCGGUCACCCUGGCCCUUCUCUGCUUGGACGGUGUCUUCCUCUCCUCAGCCGAGAAUGACUUUGUCCACCGGAUCCAGAAGGAGUUGGACCGCUUCCUGCUGCAGAAGCAGCUGUCAAAUCGCCUCCGGUACCUGAUCCACAGAACAGCAGAGAAUUUUGAUCUCCUGAGCAGCUUCUCUGUUGGGGAGGGUUGGAAGAGGAGGACAGUUGUCUGUCACCUGGACAUCAGGGUAUCCAGUGCAGAUGGCCUCUCUGGCCCCUGUCGCCCUCCUGCCACCCACUCUAUCAAGUUCCGUGGUUCUCGACCCACCUCAAACCAAGGAACAGCUGCUGGUCUCCGAGGUGCACGGGCUGGCCGGUGGCAUGGGCGCAGGCCAGACCAGCCUUUGUAUGUGCCCCGGGUACUGCGCAGGCAAGAAGAAUGGGCACAUACUUCCAUCUCAGGGCUCAAGGGAGAGUCCCCAGCUGUUGGGGUCCCUGAAGAGCCUAAAGAUGUUGGUGCUGGGGACCCAAACUCCAAUCUGGGCAUCCAUGUGUUGGUGACUGAGGGACCAGAGAACCUAACAGGCGUGGGCCAAAGUGGUGCGAAGGAGCCACAGCUGGACCUAGCUGACCCUCAGCCCCCAGGACCCGGGAGUCCCUCAGGGAAGGGAGACAGGGUGGAGAUGACCACACAGCUUGGGUCCAGUCUGCAGCGGGACCUGGAGGAGGGGAAGGAGAGUCAGCUGGAGAAGACAGCAGAGGAGGGAGAAGAAAAUGAAAAGGUGGAAGAGGAGGGGCCCAGCAGCUGCCCAGAGGACGAUCACAGUGAGCUGCUGCAGGAGAUCACAGACAACCUGACUGAGAAGGAGAUUCAGAUAGAGAAGAUCCGUGUGGACAUGUCUUCCUUUGUAGAGGAGCUGCCUGCAGAGAAGGACUUUGCCCAUGUGGUGGAGAUCUAUGACUUUGAACCUGAGCUCAAGACUGAGGACCUGCUGGCAACAUUUUCUGAGUUCCAAGAGAAGGGGUUCAAGAUUCAGUGGGUGGAUGACACUCAUGCUCUCGGCAUCUUUCCCUGCCUGGCUUCAGCUACUGAAGCCCUUACCAAGGAGUUUUCAGCACUCAAGAUCCGGCCCCUCACGCAGGGAAGCAAGCAGUCCAAACUCAAAGCCUUACAGAGGCCAAAGCUCCUGCGUCUGGCGAAGGAGCGGCCACAGACAAAUGCUGCUGUGGCACGGAGGCUGGUGGCCCGGGCCCUGGGGCUCCAACACAAAAAGAAAGAGCGGCCAGCUGUCCAGACUGUCUCGCCGCCCUGAGGCCCUGGAGGCCCAGUGGGGCUGGAUCCCACAAGGGCUGAUUGGGCCCCAACACCACAAGCCUUUACAGACACCAAAGCAGCCCCACGCCACUGUUGGAGUUUCACUGUGGGGCGUAGUGGGCUUUAGCUUGGUCUAGUCCCAGAAAUUGAGAAAAAAUAAAAACUUACGUUGUUCUAAUGCAA